AUGUUCGAUGAGCCUGUCGUUUGCGGGUUUGCCCCUUCUGGUCAUUCACCAGAUUUCACUUUCAAUUCUGCUAUCAGCGCGUGCUGGAAGGGCGAGCAAUGGCAGCGGGCAUUGGCGUUGUUCAGCAAGAUGCCGGAGGCUAAGUUGCAGUCUGAUGUCAUCAGCUACAGCGCUGCGAUCAGCGCAUGCGCAAAGGGUGAGAAGUGGCAGCAGGCUAGCGCGCUGCUCAGCGACAUGUGGCAGGCGAAGGUGGAGCUCGACGCCAUCAGCUAUAGCUCUGCGACCAGCGCAUGCGAAAGGGCCAGCUGCCUUGGCUUCGGAGGCUCCGACCCCUUCUCGGGCCACUCAAGAUGGCACUACUGA